UCGGACGGGAGCCAGCACAGUUGGGACUUGGCUCCGUGUGCAGCUGCCCGGAGCCUGCAGCCAUGUCGGUGCUAGAAGACAGCCGGCCAUUCGCCCAGCAGUUAUCCAAUGUCUACUUCACGAUCCUUUCCCUGUUCUGCUUUAAGCUUUUUGUGAAAAUCAGCCUGGCGAUCCUCAGUCACUUCUACAUCGUGAAAGGCAACCGCAAGGAGGCGGCCAGGAUAGCCGCGGAGUUUUACGGAGUGACCCAAGGACAAGGUGCCUGGGCAGACCGCUCGCCGCUGCACGAGGCAGCGAGUCAAGGCCGCCUGCUGGCUCUUCGGACACUGUUGUCACAGGGUUACAGAGUAACUGCAGUAACCAUAGACCAUGUCACCCCGUUGCACGAAGCCUGUCUUGGCGACCAUGUGGCGUGUGCCCGGACUCUUCUGGAAGCUGGAGCCAAUGUGAACGCGCUCACCAUCGACGGCGUGAGCCCGCUGUUCAACGCCUGCUCGAGGGGCAGCACCAGCUGCACGGAGCUGCUCCUGGAGUACGGGGCGCGGCCGCAGCUGGAGGCCUGCCUCCCUUCCCCCACCCACGAGGCCGCCAGCAAAGGUCACCAUGAAUGUCUAGAAACACUGAUAUCCUGGGGCAUCGAUGUGGACCAGGACAUCCCUCACCUGGGGACUCCGCUGUACGUGGCCUGCGUGUCACAGCAAUUCCACUGCAUCCGAAAGCUUCUCUACGCUGGCGCCGAUGUGCAGAAAGGCAAAUACUGGGACACACCCUUACACGCUGCUGCCCAACAGCCCAGCACGGAAAUUGUCAGCUUGCUGCUAGAGUUCGGGGCGGACACCAACGCCAAGAACACAGAGCUCCUGCGGCCUGUGGACGUGGCCGCGUCCAGCAGUCUGGUGGAGAGGUUGUUGCUGCAACGUGAAGUCACCCCAAGCUCCCUUUACCAGCUCUGCCGACUCUGCAUCCGAAAGCGCCUCGGAAGACACCGGCUGCACCUCAUCCCCCAGCUCCAGCUGCCCACCUUACUGCAGAAUUUCUUACAGUACCGAUAAAGCAGUGCAAUCAGUCUCAGUGUUCAGAACACCCAAAGUGUCCACUUCAUCUGCGUAGUGCAUAUUUCAUAUUAAAAUAUGCCAAAGGUAGGGUGUAAGUGAGUCUGACAACACCCAGUGAGAGAUCAGUUUCACUUCUGUGUAUACGAGUGGGUACUACUGUUUCAUGCAUUGUUGCUGUUUUUGGACAUAGUAUAUUUAAAAUAACUAUAUAUCGUUAUUUCCCAGAUCCCCUUUUGUUGAUUUAGGAAACAAAGCAGCCAUUCUCCAUUUUAUGUGUUUUAGAGUGUAAAGGAAAGAUGUGAACUCGAAUGAGAAUUAUUCAUAUAUUGUAUUUUGAAAGGUCCGUAUUCUUCCAAUAAUGCGUUAACCUUUCAGUGUGGGUCAUUGUAAUUGAUUCUGAUUUGUGUUGGGUACAAAGUUUGCGUGUGGUUUAGAAAAGGGCAGCUACUCUCCGUUCUGAAGUCGAGAAAACUCAGGAAACCGCAGAGUGAUCGCUUCCUAGAGCAAAGGCAGGUGACCCUGUCCUCGCGGAGAUGUCACCGACACCCCUCCGCCGUCAGUGGCCCUGGUCCAGAAAUGGAAGGACCGAAGUUGCCACCACUGCCCUCCCACCCUGCGCUGUGAGGACCUUGAGAACCUGCGGAGGCUAUUUUAAGACUUCCUGCUGCCCCAGGGUGCCUCCGAAGGUCUCCACUGUUCUACACAUCGCUCCGGCCGUCUCCCAUUUCAGAAGCUGUCAGCAGCUGGUGAUACCUGGACUGAGGAAUACGGACUUCAUAUCUGCUUGAUCAAGAAACCCUGGUCACACCUCGGGAAUCAGGGCAGUCCAAGGCUGUAGACAAUGGAAGAUCAAAAACUUAAAUUGUGGAGGCACCACAUAGCAAAUUUAGGGACCUUAAAAAUGUACCCUACGUAUAGACAUGAAUAGUGGUGUUUCUCGUCCUUCUUACUCAAGGCAAGGGUUUGGCGCACACUGUAUUGGCAAGGGAGUGCUGAUCAAAGAAGGUAUUCCUAAAAUCGUGUCCUCUGCAGGGGUUAAUACUGUGUCUGUUCUCCUGCCUAACCAUGCUUGACUGCAAUUUACAACACAAUAAAACCACUUUAACCCCCCUUUGUAAAUUAGCCCAGAUUUUAGUCUAUUAUGAAUUUAAAAUGAGAUGAUCAAGACACUUACCACACUGUGUAAAGUAGAAGAAAAUAUUUUGAUGAGUUUUUGAAAUUUUGAUAAAAUAAUAUGACUACUAUUUUAACAACUCAGAGGCCUAUUUUCCUUUCUUAGUUCUUGACUGACUUCCAGAGACCCAUGGGAAAUAAACCAUUAUUGUACGUAAUUCCAAAGUCACUAAGAUUGCAUUUUAAAAAAAAUCAUUUGUUUAGAUUUUCAAAAACAGAGAAGGCUGCUGCAUGUUUGUUGAAAUGAUUCCUACGUGGCUAGAGACUUAAAUGCAUCUGUUUUACUGAAAUGUCUCUAAAAAAAUGUGCAAUGUCUGCAUAAAUGAUUUUGAUUGUAGAGUAACUUCCUUAAAUAUUAUUAGUAUUAAAACUGCUUUUUUUUUUUCUUUAUUGAUUUUAGAGAGAGAG